AUGACCAUCAGCUCUGCUCGCGACUGCCUCCAAGCCGGAGAAUCUUGCACCAAUGACCCCAGCUGUAGUUCCAAAUUCCGGACCCUCCGGCAGUGCAUCGCUGGCAAUGGCGCCAACAAGCUGGGGCCGGGAGCCAAGAGCCAGUGCCGCAACACGCUGACCACACUUCUGUCCAGCCAGCUCCAUGGCUGUAAGUGCAGACGUGGGAUGAAGAAGGAGAAACACUGCCUCAGUGUCUACUGGAGCAUUCACCACACCCUGAUGGAAGGCACGAACGUCAUGGAAAGCUCCCCGUAUGAGCCCUUCAUAAGGGGGUUUGACUACGUCCGGCUGGCAUCCAUCACGGCAGGCUCCGAAAAUGAGGUGACGCAGGUGAACCGCUGCCUGGACGCCGCCAAGGCCUGCAACGUGGACGAGGUGUGCCAGCGGCUCCGGACGGAGUACGUCUCCUCCUGCAUCCGGCGGGGGCCCCGGGCGGACCCCUGCAACCGCUCCAAGUGCCACAAGGCUCUGCGGAAGUUCUUCGACCGGGUGCCCCCCGAGUACACGCACGAGCUCCUCUUCUGCCCCUGUGCCGACACGGCCUGUGCCGAGCGGCGCAGGCAGACAAUUGUGCCCACCUGCUCUUAUGAAACCAAGGAAAAGCCCAACUGUUUGACGCCGCUGGACUCCUGCCGAGGAAACUACGUCUGCAGAUCCCGUUAUGCCGAAUUCCAGGUCAACUGCCAGCCGUCUGGGCUCCUCUUGGGAACGGGGUGCCUGAAAGAAAACUAUGCGGCCUGCUUAUUGGCCUACACCGGCAUCGUAGGCAGCACCAUCACGCCCAACUACAUUGAUAACUCAACCUCCAACAUUGCACCCUGGUGCACUUGCAACGCGAGUGGGAACAGGCAGGAGGAAUGUGAGCACUUCCUGCACCUUUUCACCGAGAAUCCCUGCCUCCAAAACGCCAUCCAGGCCUUUGGCAACGGGACGCACCUGAGCGCAGCUGCCAGCCCCUCCACGUCCCCCACAAUGCAGAUGAGGAAGCAGGAGCGAAACAACGAUAAAGUGGCCACCACCCUCCAGGAGAACGUCUUCGAACAGCUGGAGCCAACCCAGAUAUCUGCAGAGGAGACGUUGUUGCGUGAUGCAAGUCACCUUGGAUCCAGCGCAUCCAACUCUGCCUUGGCAUUGACGGUUGACAUCUGGAUGAUGGUGUGGAGUUCCACAGCCACCAGUACUGUCCUCCUGAUGGCCAUGUGAAUGAGAGAAAGGCCUUGCUCAAGAGCAGCAACAGAGUGGCCACUCUGUCUUGUUUUUUCCAACUUGGGACGCAGGAGGGUGGUCACACCCGCCGCCAUCUUCCUCCGCAUCGACUUUGUAGAAAGGAAAGAGAAGAGGAAAGAAGCUCAUCCCAUGAACUUGUCUGUGAAUGCCUUUCUGAUGAGCAAGCGUGGUCAUCCAGAGGAGGAGUCAGCAAUGA